AUGGGUCGGGAUCGCGCGCAGGUCCCGUCCUUUUUGAGCCGUUUUCCAAUCGCCCGGGCAAAAAUGAACACACCCAAGCUUGCGAUCGAUGCCCUUUCUUCUGUCACCAGCUGCGUGGUGGACCCUCCGUCGGCUGACUUCGCCGGCGAUCUUUCCUUGGGCUCGGAGACUCUGCCCUCGAUGGAGAUCCACCAGCCUUUUGGGAGGGAACUGUGA